UGCGCUCAGUAGUAGUGCAGCGUUGGUUUUGGUCGGAUUACAUUUUCGCCGCGGAGCCAUUUGGCUUUCAGUGAACGCUUAUUUCAGCGAAACCAGUGAGCAACCAGCAGCAGCAAUAUUUGUCGCCGUCGCGCGCGUGCAUUUUCUCGCGCUGGUCAUUUCACCACAAUCGGUGCGCGCCCGUUUGUAUACAAUCCGUGGGUUUCUGUGGUGUGUAACCAUCGGAAACCCCCCGCCCCCCCUCGGUAUCCAUAUCGUUGUGGGUUUACCUCACCGCGCAUACAUAUCUCAAUUGUAUGAUUAUCAUCGCAUUUUGGGAGGAAGAGGAUAUUUCGGUUCGUGUGCUGUUUUAAUUCAUUGGUGAAACGCCGGUGCCGCCGUGAUUUUUAUCCUCUUCUUGUGUCGAUGUGGUUUAACUGAAAACAGUGUAACACAAUUGAAGUGAGAAAAAACCCUAAUUAACAACGAGACUCGGCUCAUUUUCGAUGCCUGUUUGAUGAGAUAGCAAAUGAAACCGUCGGUAGAAUCGGUCGGAUGUGUUCUGUGAAUUAACGUUGGAAGUGAGUGAACGAGAAAAAAGGAAGGGGGUAGAAAUAAGUUGACAUCGUCUCCCGAGGUCAACGUGGCAAUAGAGUUUUCGUUUCCAAUUUUCCAAGGAUUACUAAGAAGGAUAAACGAUGCUCGGGGAGUGUAAAAUAGCGGAGGGAAAUUGAUCCGACUACCGACUCUGAAUGGAAGGAGGAGGAGGAUUAGCAGAAUAAGAAAAAGAAGAUAAAUAUACGAGCCGGAAGUGAUUUGUUCAGUGCUGGAAAGCAGAUUAUAAACAACAGAAGAAGUUUCAAGUUGAGAAGGAGUGAAAUUGAUUCUGGGUUUCGAUUCAUUGAAGCAAAGAAGUAGAAAAGUAAAUUAGGUUUUUUACACUGCCAAAGAAGAAGAGUGAAGCUAUAUAAUUGAACGUGGUUCGUGGUUGUAUCGGUUCGGAAAAUUACUGAUUCCGAUAUGCUGAUCGAGUGGAUCAACUGUCAGUGGUUCUGAUACGAAGUAGCAGCCGAAGUUAAUGCGAUUAAAUAUGCCGUUCGUGCUUCAAGCUGUCAGUUUGGGAUCGAGCCGAAUUCUGCUUGCCGCCAUUACUGAUAGCCGUCGGGUCGUCUGUCAUCGCUAGCAGAUUUAAGGCCACCAGUGGAUUACCAGUGUGAGUCUGUGAGAGAGUCGAGUGCGUGGAGUUUGUGUUUUUUUUUAAGAAACAAAGAGUACAAAGUGUGUUUUGGUGGAAAUUUGAAACAAAAUCAGAUUAGCAGUGCAGAGUGUACAAAAAAAAAGUGCAACCAUGUAUCCGAAUUCAGGAAUCAAUGCGGCAGCUGUCGCAGCCCGACAUCCGGGUCCCCCACAGUCGGCACAGCCCUUCAAAUUCACCAUAACCGAAAACUGUGAUAGAAUAAAGGAGGAGUUCAACUUUCUACAAGCACAAUAUCACAACUUGAAGAUGGAAUGUGAAAAAUUAGCUCAGGAAAAAACGGAAAUGCAGCGACACUAUGUGAUGUAUUACGAGAUGUCCUACGGUUUAAACGUGGAAAUGCACAAACAGACGGAGAUCUCGAAAAGGUUAAAUGCAAUAAUCACUCAGAUUGUACCGUUCCUGUCCCAGGAGCAUCAGCAGCAGGUCUUGACUGCGGUCGAGCGGGCGAAGCAGAUUACCAUGUCCGAGCUGAACGCUGUGAUAGGGCAACAACGUCCCGAUUUGCCCCGAUUACUCCAGCAAAUGCAUGCCCAACAGAUCCCGGGAGCCCACGGUGCACCUCCGAUGCCCGUGGGGAUGCCUCACCCUAGUCUAGGCCCCGGUGCCCUUGGUGGACCACUGGGAGCCUUGGGAAGUACCCCUCCGCAGCAUCCGCUGGCAAUUCUGAACAAGCAGGAACUGCACCGACCGGAGGAAUCCAAGAGCAGCAACAGCAACAUUAUGCCUCUCGAUGAUCGACAUCGAAGUUCCAUUUCGCCAACCGACCGGGACAAGUACCGACCCCGCACACCCGAGUCUUCCCAUGAGCUGAAAAAAGUUAAGAAGGAGGAGAAGGAUAUGGGACAUCAGUCCGAUGGUGAGAAGUCGGACCAGGAUUUGGUGGUGGAUGACGCGUCCGAGAUUAAUCCGAUGAGCCCCAUGCCGAACCAGCAUCAUAAUGGUACCGCUUCCCCGCGAGAAAAUGGCAUGAUGCCGAAAAAGCUAGAUGUUCAAGACCGCGAACGCAUUGGAACCCACUCUCCUCGAUCAGGAACUUCUUCAAACGCUUCCACCCCGUCCAACAAGAAGCUGGACGAUAAGCCAACCACACCGAUUGCCAAACCCGCCACCCCUACAAAUUCGGCCGCCAGUAAUGGGGUUCCCAAAGUCGUGAACAAACCACCAGUAUUGAACCCAGGCUAUCCGCCGUACCUUGGAGGACCUCUGAAUGGAGCACCUCAUGAACUUCAAGCGGCCUACGCGGGACCCGGAGUGCACAACAAUCUGCCGCACUCGUUAAACAACUACGGCCGGGCACCACUUGGAUUCGAUCCCCAUCCGCAGAUGCGGGCCCCACUCGGUCCAAUUGCGAUUCCUGGAGGAAAACCAGCCUAUUCUUUUCACGUGAACGCGGAGGGACAAAUGCAGCCGGUCCCUUUUCCGCAGGAUGCCCUCGUGGGUCCGGGAAUCCCACGACACGCCCGGCAAAUCAGUUCCCUGAACCAUGGUGAAGUGGUGUGCGCCGUCACGAUCUCGAACCCCACCAAGUACGUGUACACCGGCGGCAAGGGUUGCGUUAAGGCCUGGGAUAUCUCUCAGCCCGGCAACAAGAACCCAGUCUCACAGCUGGAUUGUUUGCAACGAGACAACUACAUUCGUUCGGUAAAACUAUUACCCGACGGUCGAACGUUAAUCGUUGGCGGAGAAGCCUCCAAUUUGUCCAUCUGGGAUCUUGCUAGUCCUACACCGCGUGUCAAGGCGGAAUUGACCUCUAACGCACCAGCCUGCUACGCGCUGGCCAUUUCGCCCGACUCUAAAGUGUGCUUCUCGUGUUGCUCAGACGGACACAUUGCUGUAUGGGAUCUGCAGAAUCAGUCGUUGGUGCGGCAGUUCCAAGGUCACACCGAUGGAGCCUCUUGUAUAGAUAUAAGUGCUGAUGGUACAAAACUGUGGACCGGUGGUUUGGAUAAUACCGUGCGGUCCUGGGAUCUCAGGGAAGGUCGACAGCUGCAGCAACAUGACUUCAGCUCGCAGAUCUUCUCACUUGGCUAUUGCCCUACAGGUGACUGGCUCGCGGUCGGAAUGGAGAACUCCAACGUGGAGGUUCUGCACGCCAACAAACCUGACAAGUACCAGCUUCAUCUGCACGAGAGCUGUGUGCUGAGCCUGAAGUUCGCUGCCUGCGGCAAGUGGUUCGUGUCCACCGGCAAAGACAACCUGCUGAACGCGUGGAGGACACCUUACGGAGCAUCGAUAUUCCAGUCCAAGGAAUCAUCCUCUGUGCUAAGCUGUGAUAUCUCGGCGGACGAUAAGUACAUCGUGACCGGCUCGGGUGACAAGAAGGCCACCGUCUACGAGGUCAUCUACUAGUGUUACUAAGAGCCCCACCUCCCCGAAACCCAAUCUACGCUGCUGAUUUCACCGUAUUUCGGUAUCCAGAAAUCCAGUCAGCACACACCGAAAGUGUCAUAAUUUUGUUACGAUUGCCCACUCGAACUCGUUUCGAGGCAAUGAAACAAAACAAACAUUUAACAGUAAUAGUUGUUAGUAGGACAAAAGAGAGAGAAAAAAACAGAAAAAAUAAACGAAUGUAUUGCAUCAAGCAACAAAACGAGAA